GCCCGGGGCAGCGCCGCGCCGCGCGUCCCCCACCAGCCCUCCGCAGUCGAUCGCGGUCUUUGGGAGGUGAUUUCCUCGCGGUGGGUUCCUCCGGGGGCAGCAGGAAGCGCCCGCUGCGGUGUCGCCCCGCGGGGAAGAUGAGCGGCACCAGCGCCCGGUCCAGCCACCUGUCUCAGCCCGUGGUGAAGAGCGUGCUGGUGUACCGCAACGGGGACCCAUUCUUUGCGGGGCGCCGCGUUGUCAUCCACGAGAAGAAGGUGUCCAGCUUCGAUGUCUUCCUGAAAGAGGUGACCGGUGGGGUCCAAGCGCCCUUUGGAGCGGUCAGGAAUAUCUACACCCCGCGGACCGGUCACCGCAUUCGGAAGCUCGACCAGAUCGAGAGUGGGGGCAACUACGUGGCUGGGGGCCCGGAAGCCUUCAAGAAACUCAAUUACCUGGAUAUAGGAGAUAUUAAGAAAAGACCCAUGGAAGUUAUUAACACAGAGUUCUUCUCCACAGGGCCAGGUGGGGAUGAAAAGAAGAAAUUUGAAGUGCACAGGAGCUUUUAUUACACUUCUGUGCACCUGAAGAAGGUCCUGUGUGAGGAAUCUGUUGGCGGUGUGGACUUGCUGUCUUCUCUGUCAUGCCGACUCACCCGCGGGCUGACCAUCUCAAGAAGACUGUAUACUUUAGAAGGAAAACUGGUCGAGAGCGGGACAGAGCUGGAGAAUGGGCAGUUUUACGUGGCUGUCGGCAGAGAUAAGUUCAAGAAAUUGCCUUAUAGUGAACUACUUUUUGACAAGUCGACAAUGAGAAGGCCUUAUGGUCAGAAAGCCUCUUCUCUGCCUCCUAUUGUAGGAUCCAGAAGGUCUAAAGGGAGUGGGAAUGAUCGCCAGUCUAAGUCAACAAUUGGAUCCAGCGACAACUCCUCUCCUCAGCCCCUGAAGAGGAAAGGGAAGAAAGAUGUGAGUGCCGAAAAACCAACCAAAGCAAAACAAAGCAUGAAGUUGAAAGGAAUCACAAACAAUGGCACCAUGUCCGGCUCUGGGGAUGCAAACGUAGUAGCAGAGUUCUCCCCUCAAGCCUCAGCACAUGUAAAAUAUCACUGUCUAGAUGAGGGCAUUUUCAAAGCUGGAGCUGAGAGAUCAGAAACGCGUGGGGCAGUUGAAGUCCAAGAAGAUGAAGAUACUCAGGUUGAGCUUCCAGUAGACCAGAGGCCAGCAGAAAUAGUCGAUGAGGAAGAAGAUGGAGAGAAAACAAACAAGGACACAGAACAGAAAGAAGACUUUUCAGGAAUGAAUGGAGAGGUUGAAGAUGUGGGUAGGGAGGCUGGCAAUGCCCCUGAGCAAGGUGAAGAGAUCCUGGAUCACAGUGAGAAGGAAGGCCCUGCUCACAUCAAGGGAGGCACUGAUGAAGAAAACGGAGAGGAACUGGACCAGGUUAAUGAACUGCAACCCACAGUGGAAGGGGAAAGAAAGUCUCAAGGAGCUGACAAUGGACAAGAUGAGGCUGAUUUAGAUUCUCAAAGACCACCAAGGCCAGAAGUAAAAAUCACCAGUCCUCAAGACAAUGAAAACAAUGAACAAAACAAGGACUAUGCUGCUGUGGCAUAAAUGAACUUAAAAAAGAAAGUAUAUGAUACAAGAAAAAUGAAGGGUUCUAGUACUUGAAUUAUAAUCAUAUAGUUACUGAUAACAUAAUGUGAUGGUAUGGUUGGACAUCACUUGUUGAAUUUUAAAAUCUGAGGCCUGAUGCAAAGAUUAGAUAAGUUCUAGCUACUAAAAGGAGAAGAGAUUCUCUUUGUGGAAUAUGUUUUUAAAUUUUUCAUUUAAAAGAAUUAAAUAAGAAAGGCAGAGGAGAAUGUGCACUGGAAGACAAUUGGCUACUUGUGUUUAUGAAGGAUAAAAGAAUAGGAUCACUCCUAUUGCAUAUUUUAUUAUACAUUUAGAAGUGAGAUUACUCGAUGGCAGAUUGUUCUAAAAGCAUUUAUCUAAGAAAGCAUAGAAUUUUAAAGAGCUGGUAAUAGGAAAACGUGUAUUAUUUUCUUAAAGCAAUAAACUCUUGGCUGAGCAAAUGACAAUUUAGUUUCAGAGAUAAUUUAGAGAUAGCAAGAGACUGAAAUGUUUCCAGUACUUAUUGAUAUUCCUUUCUUUCUUCCUCUUUAAGCCAAAACACCUUGCGUGAACUGAAAAGACAAGAUGAGGUGUUCAUUUUGGUAGGAGGAAACCUUCUUCUACAAUUUAGUUAUCAAUAUUGUCUUUCCUUAAUGCUUUGGCUUUUAGUGCUGUGGCUUCAAUGUCAAGUACUCAGGAAUGGAUUAUAAAGAAAAACCCAAUUAUAUUAUUAAGCAUAGCUGGGUGGUUUGCAAAUUUUGGAAAUCCUAUGGAUUUUUAUUGAUCCAGUCUAUCUGUACCUUUCCCUUUCCCCCUCAUCAUAUUAUGUUAUUAUAUUAGAAAACACAAUAUUGGUUGAGAUUGAAUUUUCCCAGAGCUCCUCCCUCCCUCCUUUCCUUCCUUCCUUCCUUCUUUCCUUCCAUCCUUCCUUCCUUCCGUCCUUCCUUGUAUUAUUCUCUUUUAUAAAAAACAAAAAUAAUGUAAUAGGAAGGAAAGAGUAGGCAAUAAUCUAAAUCUUUGACUAUCCAAUUUUACUUACUUGCACUUUUUCUUUGUUCUAUUAGGGCUAUUUUGUGAUAUUUCUGCCUAUAGAGCUAUCAACAAAUGUUUAUUUUCCUAACUGAUUACAUUUACCUUUUCAAGCAGAUUUCCUCUUAUAAACUUAGAAUCCAUUUGAUAGAAAUUAGUGAAAAUACUUUAAAAAUUGUCAUGAUGAAACCAGUUCCUGAUUACAACUUUGCGGACUGAUUAAAUUAAUUUACUCUCACCUUGUGAGGUAUAUGUGGAGAAAAUGGAAAUGCAUAAGAUUGAUGAUCAUUAGUAGAGGUGAUACCUUUCUUCUUUAAAUACAGGAAUAAUAUAUUUUUCUCAUAAUAAAGAAUAUUUUAAUUAUGUGGAAGUUGUAAAUUUGAACAUUGAGUGCUUUCAGAAGACUUAUUAUUAAUCAUAAAUUUAAAAGGCUUUUCCUUCAGAAUUUAAUCAUCUAUCUGGAAUCAAAACAGUUAUCAUUUUACCUAUACUAUAGAGAAAUUAGCUCUGUUUUUGCUAACAGCUACUUUAGCUUUUUCUACAGUAGGAAGUAUAUAACAGUAUUAGAAAGAAAUAACAACUAAAGAAUGUAGUAAUCUGGGAGGAUGAAUGAUAAAUGGAGCAAAAUCUAGAUUGUGUUUCUUACUGGGAAACAGAUUUUUAAAAUGGGACAAUAUAAAGCACUAUGCACCACUAAUAACCACCUCAUGUUAUUAAGGAAAUAGCCCACGGGCUUUUUAACAUCAAAUUCUAGCGUUAUUACUGGGGUUUAGGGAUAUGAUAUUAAACAGCUUAUAAAAAUUUAAGUGUAACAAAUUUUAACUAGAUUUCAAGGUGAUGUGUUCUCUUUUCUUCAGUGAAGAAUUUCUCUUGUUUUUCUUUAGUAAGAGUAUUUCUGUCUUCCUCCUGUUCUUUUGCCUCAUUCAUGCUACAAAGCUUAGGUUUUAGGGAAUCAUUUAUGAGUCAUUCUAAUGAAGCACAACAUCAAUAUUUUACUGAAAAAAAAAGCUUGAAAUUUGAAGAAUACUUUAGUAUAGAACCAACAGCAGAGCCAAAAGAGCAUAAAAAGACUGAAGACACAGUCUUCUCUUGGGUGUACUUAUAAAACUGUACCGUAUCAUGAAGGGAUCAAUAACAACUUACCAUGUGAUAAUUGGUGGCAAACAUAUUAGUCUGAAAUGCCACUUAAACAAGCAAAAUAAUCUUUUACUAUGAGUUAAAAUUUUGGACAUUGCUCUGAGGAGCAAUAAGUCAAUUUGCCCACUGAAAGUGGCAGUUCCCUUUGUGGCAAUGAUGGGUGGUUUCCAUAUCAGGCUAGCUCCAUAAAUUGAAAUUCCCAGACAGAUUGGGAGGGGGGUCAUUUAUGAGAGCAGAUGCAUCAUGUAUUGUUUCAUGGAGCAAGAGGGUUAUGUUAGGAAGAACUUGUUGCUUUUUACACAAUUACCAAUAUAAUGUUUUGAAAUAUUUAUGAUGCUGUAUACAUCGAUUUCUUACUUUUAAUUUUAUGUAAUAGCUUUCUGAAACUUACUUGGAUUUUAAGACACUUGUACACAACUGGUUAGUGAAAUUGGAACAUUAGGAUUUUUGCUGACCAAUAAAAGAUUUUGACCAAAGUCA